AUAGCAAAUUCAAAAGCAAAAUGGUCUCCUGAAAUUUGAAUAGUUCAUUAGAAAACAAAGCGAAAUUUUGAAUUGAAAUAUCCAAUGCUUUGACAUUAAGUUCAAUGGGAUUGUGGAUUAAGCUUUCUACUUAUUGUCACAGAUUUAUGUAAAUGUUUUGAAUUGAAGUAAAAGAUCCAGUCAAACAAUGGAUGAUCGUGCUGAAUCUGUGAGAUCUGGUCGUAGUGAUAGGUCAGAAAGGUCACAUCGUAGUCAUGGCAGCAGACAUCAUCGUCAUCAUGGUGGUGGUAAUAGAGCUAGUAGUCGAGCUUCCGACAGAAGUGGUUAUAGGGACCAGAGAGAAAACCGUUCUGUUACUAUAAAUACCCCAGCGUCGGAGAAUGACGACCCAAUGGAGAGGGUAGAAGUCCAGAUUCUUCCUCAAGAUGACAACUGGGGUGACAACACAACUGCUAUUACAGGUAAUACCAGUGAGACUGGAUUUUCUAUGGAUGAAUUCCGUUCAAAAUUUGGAAAAGAAAGUUUUGACGAUAACAUUGGUAUUGGUUGUGCUCGUUACAUUGGAACUGCUUUAGCAGGAAUCUUAAGUGUCAUAGGAUUUCUCUCCCCUGUUGCUAUGGUUGUGUUACCUAAACUUUUAAGUAACUGGGAAGCAGGAGAGUGUGCCCCUGAAUGUGAAGGACUUUUAAUCAGCUUUGCAUUUAAACUGUUGAUAUUAUGUAUUGCUACUGUAGCUCUAUUCUUCAGGCAGCCCAAAGCAACAAUGCCAAGGGUCUUCUUGUUUAGAGCAGUUGUUCUAUUUUUAGUUUUUAUCUUGACUUUUGCUUUCUGGCUGUUUUAUGGAGUUAGAAUAUUAAAAGAAAAGAAAACUGCAUAUUAUGACAUUGUAAAGUUUGCCGUAUCAUUAGUAGAUGCUCUGCUUUUCAUUCAUUACAUUGCAGUCAUUUUACUGGAAAUCCGACAAAUUCAACCUAUGUACGUUGUCAAAGUCCUACGUUCUCCCGAUGCUGAAUCUAAAUGUUAUAAUAUUGGUGCGCUAAGUAUUCAGCGAGCAGCUGCAUGGAUAUUGGAGCAAUAUCACAGAGAUUUUCCAGUAUACAAUCCAUACUUGGAAAACAUCACUAAGAGACCAGCUAAGAUGACAAGUCUUAAAUUUUACAACGUUGAUGGGAAUCAACCUCAGAAUCAACAAGAUCGUCCUCGUGCAAUAUUUGCCUCUCAAUCUUCUAGAAGAAGAGAUGCUAGUCAUAACGACAGAUUUUAUGACGAGUUGGAGUAUGAGAGACGAGUGAGAAAGAGAAAAGCAAGGUUAAUGGUUGCUGCAGAGGAAGCAUUCACUCAUAUCAAACGUAUGCAGGAUGAACAAGGUCCUGCAAUACCGAUGGAUCCUCAUGAAGCUUCACAAGCAGUCUUUCCCUCGAUGGCAAGAGCUCUUCAGAAAUUUCUACGGAUAACACGACAGCAACCAAAAUAUUCAAUGGACAAUGUUUUAAAUCAUCUUGCAUUAUGUAUUAACUACGAUAUGAGCCCUAAAGCCUUUGUAGAGAGAUACAUGCCUCAUGGUGCCAUCAUAAUGAGUGAAAAAGACUGCAGACCUGUUACAAAGUGGGUGCUAGUUUGUGAUCAGUUACUCUCUAGAGAGAUUGAACAUAAUCUGACAUUUCAGUUACGUCAAAAUGAUGUUUCUUUACUUUGUGUUGUUAAACGUCUGCCUCAUUUUAAUUUAACUGAAGAUGUGAUUGAUCCAAAGACCAACAAGUUUGUCCUGAGAUUGAAUUCUGAAACAUCUGUAUGAUAAUUGGGAUUUGUUCAAGCUUAGUAGUGAUUUGGGAAAAUGUGUUGCAGUUUCAUUUUUAGCAUCAUAUGAACUGCUGAAGGAAUGUCAUUACAGAUCUGAUUCAAAAGAAGAAAGAACAAACUAAUUUGUUGUAUAUUUCAUUUACUUUUAUAAGUCUCAGAAGGUGCCAUUAAUACAACUUAGUGUUUAAUGAAUAUCUUAAUGAUCAUAUGCUUUUAAAUUAUAAUGUAAGUAUUUACAGCAAAUGUGCCAAGUCCAAAAAUACAUUUGAACUUUGGAAGCUUGGUACAUGUAUUGUCCCAGUUAAAAGACACAUUUGGUUGACUGAGGUUUGGUCCUUGGGUACAAAUAUGCAUUUCUACCAAAAACACAUACAUGAGAAGCCAUUUAGUAUACACAUUAAUAAGCUGUAGCAUGUGUAAGAAGGACUUUUGUGAAUCAAAAUAUUUGACGUUUGUAUACAUGUGCAUUUAGCUAUAAGUUACUACCAUGGCUACAGUAUGUCUAAGUCAAUGAUUUAGGCUUACUUUCACAGUCACAUGCUGAAAUUGGUUGUAAGAUAUUAAAAUGUAAAAUACUGAAAUCAAAAUGCAUAUAUGUUUUGAAAAUGUUCCAAUAAAAUUUAGCUUAUCGGAGGCAUGAAUUUGAUUUAUUUUAGGCAUUAUUGAAUUUCCUUAAAAGUCUGCAAGCAUGUGGAUAAGAUCAACUUUUUUCUAAUUUUUUGAAGGGCCAAAAAGUAAUAUAGUUCUGUUUUCUUCCUCCCUACCUACCCUAAUUUUUCAUGCCUACUAUUUAUAAUACAUUUUAUGAACAUUUUUGGUUAACAAUUGUUAAUGUUCAAAAUAGUUUUCUAUAUAGUCUAUAGAUGUACAAUUUAAAAAAAAUUCUACUGAACUACCUACCUUUAUUUUAUCUGCAUCGAGGCUGGAAACAAUUGUAUAUUUUUGGGCAGGAAACAAGUAUAUAUUUUUGGGCAGGAAACAAGUAUAUAUUUUAGGGGGCCUAAUUUACAAAAUUUGAAAUAGAGCAAGGGCUUGUGAAAAUAAGCAUGAGUGAUCCUUAAAAAAACUAAACUAUUUUUUUCCAACACCUACAAAUAAUCAAGCCAGUCAAAAUUGGAUAACUGCAAACAAUUAGUUGCUGUGUGUUUAACAGUUAAAUUCAUCCUUUUUUGUAUGCCGGUAAUAUAAAUUUUUCGAAUGUAUAUCUGUAAAGAAUAGGUUGUUUUACACAAUGAAAUCCGGUUGUGAUCUCGGUUAGUGCUUUACAUUGCCUUACAUAUGGAAACAUUUACAUUUUUAUUUUCAUAUCAGUUUUAUGAUUCAGUUUUUUAAUCACCAAAGGAACAUGUAUUAAGUCUGCGUAUAUGUUGUUUUUAUGAAAUGUAUAUUCAUCUUGUAUGUAACCUUAACAUUUUUUUUAGCUAUCUGUUCAUCAUUUAAGCUGAAUUAACCUUUUUUUUAGAUUAAAAAGUAGGGAAUAAUGCAAUAUAAUGUCAAUUGUUAUGAUCAUGAUUUGCUUUAGGUAGAAGGUUGCAUUUGUGGCCUAAUUGGUCCUAAAAUCAAAUGUAUUUGAAAUUUCAUGUUUGUUCAAAAUCAAAGUUUUAAUCUAUACGUUUUGAUAAAACAUUUCAAUUUUACAUGAUUGAUAUAGAAACAUAAGAUGACAGUAAAACUAAAUUAUUCCAAAUGGUAAAACUGCUCUAAAUUCAGUCAGUUUUAAAUCACACAUGCUUGGAAACAAAAUGUAUGUUUUCAUUUUGUAAUGCUGUUUUAAGCAGUGAUACGUAUACAUUGUUGUACAUUUCAACAUAAAGUUACUGAUACAUAAGACUUUUGUCAAAAUUAAGAUUAAUUUGGCUUUAAUCAAAAACAAAAAUAGAUAAUCAUGAUAGUUAAUAUAAUUUUCUUCAACAUUUGGAAAGCUCCCCAAGGUAUGCAUAUGAUUUCUUUGCAUAAUUUUCAAAUCUAAUCAAACAUACAAAAGUGGUUUAAACCAAUCUUGGAUUUAUAUUGAAAAGAGAUAAAGAAUCUGAUUUAAUAUUCAGCAUGGCAAAAAUUAUGCAAUAAAAAAAGAAUACCAGUUAAAUCAAUUAACUGUAGUCUUCCUAUAAUCUGAUGUGUUGUAAUACUAACAUGACUAACUUACAAAAAAAAAGCAAAUAUUAUGUAUUUGAUAUUGGGUGAAUUGACAUACAUAUAUAAAUUAUAAAUUUCUUUGAAAACUGCUGGCAUUUUUGAUAUCUAUACAUUAUAGUUUUUACAUAUCUUAAGAUUUAUUUGAUAGUCAUGAUCUCUAGUUACAAUGUAUGUGUUUUAUUUUGUAAAUAAACUGCUUCUAUACAACAAUAAGUACAGUUACUGUCCAUGUGUACAUAAAGAGUUGUGUCCCAUUUUACAGUAAACAUUUUAUUAUAUUUUGUAAACCACCUCUGUCAUUGUUCUUACUAAGUUGUUCAUUCAUAUCAUGUCCCUGAUUGUGAAAGGAUUAUUUCAUGUGUAUUUUCAUUUUGGCAAUAGGGAAGUGUUUAGAAAACUGUUGUGAUGUUUUAAAAAAAAAAUCAGAUUAUAGUGACUAUAAUUGGUACCAGUAAUAAAAGAGACAUUAGAAACUGUGCUUUGCAUUUACACCUAUUGGCAUUUCAUUUUAGGCAAACAAAUCUUUCAUUUGUGCACCAAAUACAGGUAGAUAGUAUAAAUAAUAGUAAUACAUUUAUACUGUUCAGUUUAUAUUAUUUACUUGUAUUAAUCUAUUCAAUUUGCCAGCAUUAUAUGUCCCCCCUGUCAACAUAGGGAGGUUGAAGUAUGAGGAUAUUGAGCAGGAUAAGUUCCUUAAAAGUUCAAUAAUAAGGCGAAACACAAUAUAUAUUUACAGUUUUCUGUACUAACAUAAUUUUACAAAUUCUCAGUACAAAAAAUGAAAAUGGUACAAACAUUUUAUCCUUUCACAUAUCAGUUUUGUUAAUUUCCUUGACCACUGCCUUGUGUAAACAGUCUGGCAAACUUGUUUCAUUAUUUUGCACAUACAUCUGAAUUAGUUUUGGCCAGGAAUUUGUUAUUCUGUAGCUCUCAGGAUCUGGGGUACAAUGCAGAAGGUCAUUUGAAGGUUACUUACAUAUAGUUGUGAAAUACAAUCAAUGUUGUUGUUGUUGUAUCUUUUUGUAAAUUUUUGUACAUUUAUCAUAGAACAUUUUGUAAAAUAUUUAAUUUUCUUUUUUGUAUUCUUGAAGAACAAUUUGUAUUCAUUGUCAUGAUUGUAUAGCAUGCCAAGAACAAACUCUUAGGAUAGAAUUCACUUAUAAAAUUUUGUUUUGCAUGGGAAUUGAAAAGCAUUUUCAUGUUAACAAGGUUUUUUUUUGUUUAUAAGUAGGAAUGGUAAUUAGCCAACAGAAUAAUUGAUGUUUUAUUGAUCUGAAAAUGAGAUUACUUUUUUUGAACAAAUUCAUAAAUUUUAUAUAAAUUAAAAAUAUAACUUCCUCUUGGUAGAACCUACCCAGAAUUUCCUCAACUUUCAAUUACUCAAUAACUGACUUAUGAAUAUAAAGGUCAUCUCCAAGUUAUAGUAAUGUCAUUAGCAAAAAAUGAUAUUGGUUACCCAAACUGUAAAAUCUUUGAUAAUUUCAGGAAAAGACAAACAAAAUGGAACAGAGCUUAUCUUGUACAAAUAGAUUACCUGCUAUUUAAGAUAGAGUAGCACAUGUCCAUGAACAAAAUUCUCCUUUUCAAAGAAUUGUUCCAGUUUUUAUCAUAAUAGGAGCAUGGUCAAUGUAUUUACACAUAGUAUUAUUUGCUGAUCUGUAUGUCUGUAUUUUUACUAUACACACUUUUAUAUCUAUAUAAAAUUACAAAUAAGAUCUGAAUGUAAAUUUUGAAAAUAUUUUGCUGUAACUUUUUUUUUACAAUUUAGUCUUUUUUUUUUUCAUGUAAUCAUGUAAGACUUUCAUCAGAUAUCUUAUUAAUAAAAAAAUAUCUGAUAUACAA